UUAAUUAAAUUCUGAGUUGUUUUCAAUUUCAAUUCAAAAAAUUCCAAAUUCCAGAUUCUUCCAAAUCUCUCUGUGUUUGGUUUUGGGCGAUGAGUUUGUGAAAAUCUCUGCAAACGAUUCGCCAUGGCCAAACCAAAAGCUGCGAGACGAACACUCGACUCUUACACUGUCAAGCACAUCAACAAGACCGUCAGAGCUGGGGACUGUGUGCUGAUGCGGCCGUCGGAUUCCGGGAAGCCGUCGUACGUGGCGAAAAUCGAGCGGAUCGAGGCGGACAGCCGCGGCUCCAACGUGAAGGUGCACGUGCGCUGGUACUAUCGGCCGGAGGAGUCGAUUGGCGGCCGGCGACAGUUUCACGGCUCCAAGGAGGUGUUUCUCUCCGAUCACCACGACGUUCAGAGCGCCGACACCAUCGAGGCUAAGUGUACGGUGCACACCUUCAAGAGCUAUACCAAGCUCGACGCUGUUGGGAACGACGACUUCUUCUGUCGUUUCGAGUAUAAUUCCUCAACCGGAGCUUUCAAUCCUGACCGUGUCGCUGUGUAUUGCAAAUGUGAGAUGCCUUACAACCCUGAUGACCUCAUGGUUCAGUGUGAAGGUUGUAGUGAUUGGUUUCAUCCUGCUUGUAUAGACAUGAAUGCAGAGGAGGCUAAAAGACUUGACCACUUCUUCUGUGAAGGCUGUUCUUCCGAGGGUCAAAAGAAGUUGCAGAAUUCCCAUACUGCUUCUAAACACCCUGAUACAAAGUGUUGGAUAAAUUUGAACCAGCUGGUUUGUCUUUGUGCUUCUUGUUUACUUGUGGACUCUAUCAUGUCAUCUGGAAAUUGGCAGGUUAUUGGGUGGAUACAAAACGGCGUCGGAGGUGAUAUUGUAUAUAAAUCAAUCUGAUGAACUAGAGGUUCUCUUGUUCGGAUCUUUGUUAGGGCUUAAGCAAACACGGAGGCAUAUCUGCACCACAAGUUGUGUAUUUAUGAGUUAAUGGGAAGACGAAAACCAGCUUGAAAACCUUUAUGGUGUCUAUUUGGUUAGAGGUAUCUCCCCGGUCUCUUUUAAAGGUCGAGGAUGUGUUUGGUUGUGUGUAAUUAUAUGUAAUUUAGACCCUCUCCCUCACUCUCCCUUUCCCCUAGGAUUGUGAAUAUUCCCAAAGUAUUUUGCCAGUUACCACAGUAGCAAUAGAUAGAGCCUUUUCACGCUAAUCUAUUUCACUUUGGUAUAUAUUGUUGGCUGCAGCAUUAAGAAGUUGGAUGCUAUUUCUGUUUUUUUUCCUUCUGCAAAUGUAUAUAAUGUCUUAAGAGUUUGUUCCUUCUA